AUGAAGUUCUCCACCUUUUUGGCAGUAGGGGCUGCCCUUGAAUCUGCUGAGCUGCUUGUUGCGGCUGCGGUCAUCCGCCGAGACAACCCGACGACGACUUCUUGGGCAGAAAUAUCAGAAGCGACAACGUCAAUGCCAGCGGCUGCACUCACAGCGGCACAGACAACGACUUCAUGGGCCACUCUCUCGACAGCUAAUACCGACAGCCCUUGGGUAACUCUCACGACAGCGAGUCCAAUUCCAACUAAGGUGGACGUUGACCGCCGGAACGUUGACGUCGACCGUCGGAACGUUGACGUCGACCGCCGGGACGUUGAUGUCGACCGCCGGAACGUUGAUGUCGACCGCCGGAACGUUGACGUCGACCGCCGGAACGUUGAUGUCGACCGCCGGAACGUUGACGUCGACCGUCGGGUUGUUGACAAGGUCGACCGUCGGAACGUUGACGUCGACCGCCGGGACGUUGAUGUCGACCGCCGGGACGUUGAUGUCGACCGUCGGAACGUUGAUGUCGACCGCCGGGUUGUUGACAAGGUCGACCGUCGGAAUGUUGAUGUCGACCGCCGGGACGUUGACGUCGACCGUCGGGUUGUUGACAAGGUCGACCGCCGGAACGUUGAUGUCGACCGUCGGGGUAACAAGGUCGACCGUCGGAACGUUGACGUCGACCGUCGGGUUUGUUGA